ACGUGACACCGGGACUGAUCCCAUAAGAGCCUGUGGGUGGCGGGUGGCUCAGGCAUGGGCAGCGCGGGGCCGAGGACGGUGCUGGUCACGGGCUGCUCCUCGGGCAUCGGGCUCCGCCUGGCCGUGCAGCUGGCACAGGACCCCGGCCAGCGCUACCAGGUCGUCGCCACCAUGCGGGACCUGCAGAAGAAGGAGACGCUGGAGCGGGCGGCGGGCGCAGCCCUGGGCAGGACCCUCAGCAUCCGGCGCCUGGACGUCUGCAGCGACGCCUCGGUGGCCGAGUGCCUGGGCAGCCUCCCCCAGCGCCGGGUGGACGUGCUGGUGAACAACGCGGGUGUGGGGCACAUCGGGCCCAUCGAGAGCAUCAGCAUCGCGGAGAUGAAACGCGUCUUCGAGACCAACUUCUUUGGGGCCGUGCGCAUGGUGCAGGCCGUGCUGCCCGGCAUGAAGCAGCGCCGCAGCGGCCACAUCGUGGUGAUGAGCAGCGUCAUGGGGCUGCAGGGCAUCGUGUUUAACGACGUCUACGCAGCCUCCAAGUUCGCCAUGGAGGGUUUCUGCGAGAGCCUGGCCGUGCAGCUGCUCCAGUUCCACGUCUUCGUGUCCCUGGUGGAGCCGGGCCCGGUGAACACGGACUUUGAGCUGAAGCUGAUGGAGGACGUGUCCCGCUCCGAGUUCCCCGGCACUGACCCGGCCACGCUGCGCUACUUCCAGGAGGUCUAUCUGCCGGCCUCCCGCGAGAUCUUCUCCACCAUGGGCCAGAGCCCCGAGGCCGUGGCCAAGGCCGUGGUGCAGGUGAUCGGCGCCGCUCGCCCCCCGUUCCGCACACUCACCAACCCGCUGUACACGCCGCUGACGGCGCUGAAGUUCGCCGACCCCUCGGGGGAGCUGUCCGUGCGCACCUACCACAACCUGCUCUUCAACUACGGCGCGUUCUUCCACCUCAGCAUGCGGGCCCUGCGCUGCCUGACCUGCCAGUGCUUCCGCCGCAGGGUCGCCCCGGCCUGAGCCGCCGCCCAGCUCCCGCACGCGUCCCCGCGUCGCCGGGGUGGAGAAUCCCCCCGAACCCCGUUCCACUGGCGGCUUCCCUUCGCCGCGCGCCCUUUAUUUCCGGCUGGAGUUCUCUAGCCUCAGCUUCCAGCUGCUCGGGCGCUGGCUGCGGGAGUGGGGAGCCGGGUAUUAAAUCUCUGGUCCCCACGCAGGUUCCUCCGGCCUGAGCACGUGGAGUCUGUCCCUCCAAGGCAGGUUUCUAACCCUGGAAUCCUUCUCGUGGCUCUUCUCUGAGCCUCCUUCUGGCCCCCGAACCGGGCCCAGGAUUCCAGCAGCAGUCGCCCCAGAGCCAAAUCCAGAGGGAAAAUAGCCUCUCGGCUCCUACCCGACAUUGCCCUGGUCACGCACCCCAGGAUCUCUUACCCCGUUUGUCCCCAGCGUCACACGGGCAGCUCGUGUUCAGCUGAUUCUCCACCACGGUUUUCAGAGUCCCUGCUCCAGGAUAGAGCACCCAGGCUGUAAGACCGGCCUGCACGCUUUGCCCCUGGAUGUCGACAUUCCCAUUUAGCUGCAUUAAAACACAUGUCGUUUUCUUGCACUUCGCAAGCGGUCUG